UAUCGAAUUGUUAUAUUUUUCUAAAAGGAGUAUUUUAGAACAACAUUAAGAUGGGUUUCGUACUUAAAAUGUUGGGUUUUCUGUUUCCGUUAGUAAUGUUAUGGUAUUGCACAGACAAUGUUGAGGGCAUGAAUGUUGCGUUAAGGUAUUUCCUCACGAUUGAUAUCUCCAAAAAUGGACGUACAGACUUUAGACAGAGCGUGAAAAAUAUCAAACGAGCUCUGUGUGAUCCAAAAACGAAGGGUGCAAAGUGUUUUCUAAACUUUAAGGUCGUCGGUGAGCCAAAAGUUAUAGUUGUGAUGAAUGUUGAGAACAGUGCAGAAUUGGAACGUCGUCUGUCAAUUUUAUCAAGCAAAAAUUCAUUCGGUUAUGAAUCAGAACCGGUUGUUGAUUAUGCAAACUUUGCGAUAAAAACGCUCGGUGUUAGUAACGAAACGGCCAUUCUAAAAGGAAAUACGCUAAAACAAUCAGCGGAAAUAAUCUACUGUGAAUUUAAUAUAAACUUUGGCGAUAAAGCAGCAGCCGAACUUUUGGGAAUCUGGAAGGCAGAAGCAGAAGCUGUAUUUAGUUCCAGAAAAGCUGGAAAUGCUUUAGAAAUAUUUAAGACACUAGGCGAACGAACGGUUCAUUUACUGACAGAGAGGCCAGCUUCAGUAUUUGACGAAAUUCUAUUCCUUGUUCCCUUUGCACAAGAAAUACCAAACACUUUAGGAACAACGUGCAAAGUCGCCCGCAAGUUUUGAACAACGUGUAAAGUCGCCCGCAAGUUUUGAUUCCAAAGAACGUUUCAAUUUCGUCUGUUAUGUAAUAUAAUUCAGAUAAAUUAUAUAUACAAGAAAUGUAAGAAAAUAAAAUAAAGAAGAACUUUUAAAUUU